CGCACUGCCUCCCUCGGCACCCAGGCGCCCGCACCAUGUUCCCGCUGCUCCUCCUGCUCCUGCCCGCCGCCCACGGCAUAGCCCAGCUGCAGUACAGGCCAGUCCUGACCCAGGACACCCGGCUGGAGGGGCAGAUCACCGCCUCCACCUUCGUGCUGGACCAGCCCCGCUGCGUAUUCCAGGACUAUGGCAACGCCGACAUCUGGCUGGUGGUGGCCCUGGACCAGGCCGUAUCCACCUUCAACACCAGCGCGGGGCCGGGGACUUCCGAGACCGCAUUCCAGAGCUUCCCUGACCCGGUCCGUGCCUACAUGACCCUCAAUGCCACCCUGAGCAAUUACCCCUGUCCCAAACCCGACGGGGAUAUCACGGUGCUGCGCGUGGGCAGCGAGACGAGCUGCGCCCAGGAUGUUUCGAGACCCACGUGCAAUGGCCCCCUGCCCGGCCCCGGGCCGUACCGGGUGAAGUUCCUCGCCCUGGAGGGCUCUGUGCCCGUGGCUGAGACAGCCUGGUCGGCGGAAAUCAUGCUGAGGACAGCCAAGUCAUCCAGCAGCGUCUCCACGACGGGCAGCAGGCACAGCGCCGGCAUGAUCGCCAUCACCACCACCCUCUCCAUCCUCUUCGCCAUCCUCCUGGCCGCGCUGGUGGCCAUGCUCGUCUUCUGGAGCUCGGACUCGUGCGGCGACAGCAGCACCUUCAGCAAGCCGGAGUCGGUGACGGUGCGGCGGUACAACACCCACCACGUGUAUGACCAGCCGGCCGCCCGGCUCUGAGCCCCCGCCGCCCCUCCCAGGCUCCCCCCGUGCGGGGGGAGAUGUGAUCCGCACCGUUCCAUCCCUGCGGGUGGCACCGUUCCACCGCCGCGGGGACACGGCUGGAGCCGCCACCCGGGACGGGGGCGAUGGAACAGGACA